AUGUUACCCAACUUGGACGACAUUGCCCCAAAGCUGUGCAAGGCUACUGUCUUUUCGAAACUUGAUGCUAGUAGUGGGUUUCACCAGAUACCUCUAGAUCCAGAGAGUUGUCACCUAACUACCUUCAUAACUCCGUUUGGACGGUACUGCUUUCAGCGGGUUCCAUUUGGUAUUACGUCAGCCCCUGAAAUAUUUCAGCGUCGUAUGUCGGAGAUAUUAGCAGAUAUUGAAGGAACGGAUGCCAUAAUGGACGAUAUCAUCAUAUAUGGGAGUACGGUGGAGGAGCAUGACGAGCGUCUGGACCGCGUGCUGGACCGUAUCAAGGAAGUUGGUCUUAAACUCAAUAAGAAGAAAUGCGAGUUCAGGAAACAGAGCAUUGAAUAUUUUGGACACAUGAUUAGUUCAAAUGGUAUCAGUCCACGUCCAGAACGUGUGCGUGCAAUACGUGAGUUGGCUGCACCAACAAAUGUGACUGAACUUAAGAGAAUUCUUGGAAUGGUGAAUUAUCUUGGUCGAUUUUUACCAAACCUUUCUACGGUUAUGCACCCCCUUACUGAUCUUUUGAAGAGUGACUCAGUAUGGAUAUGGGACAACCCCCAGGAAGAGGCCUUCAAAAGAGUGAAGGAUAUGCUAACAGAAACACCUGCAUUAGCUUUCUACAAUUCUUCAAAGCCAGUAGUGAUUAGUGCAGAUGCCAGCAGUUAUGGCCUAGGAGCCGCUAUAUUUCAGCAGUUUGAUGGUCAACUUAAACCUAUUGCGUUUGCAUCGAGGACACUGUCACCGGCAGAAACCAAAUAUGCACAAAUCGAGAAGGAGUGUUUAGCAUCUGUAUGGGCCUGUGAGAAGUUCGAGCGCUACAUCAUUGGACUCGACUCAUUCAAGCUCAUCACUGACCACAAACCUCUCGUCCCGCUCAUUAACACUCAAGCUCUAGAUAGGACACCUGUGAGAUGUCAGAGACUUUUGAUGCGUUUACGCAGAUUUAAUCCAGUAGCAGAACAUGUGCCAGGGAAAAAUCUCGUGGUUCCCGACACUCUUUCCAGGAGCCCGCUAACUGGAAACACUGAGGAUACAGAGGAGGAAGUCAAUCUCUAUGUAGACUGUGUCGUAGAGAAUCUUCCCAUAUCAGAUCAACGACUAGAGCGCAUUCGAUUAGCUACAGCAGAUGAUCCAGAGUUGUCUGAAGUUUUGAAGAAGACUCAGAACUGGUGGCCAGACCAUGAGAGAUCACUGAAAGCAGAAAUCCGACCAUACUUUUCCGCAAGAUCCGAACUGUCUGUCUGGAAUGGAAUUCUAAUGUACAGAGACCGAAUUGUUAUUCCGGAGGCUCUUAGACCAGAAACAUUGCAAGACAUACAUUCAGGACACUUAGGUCUGAACAAGUGCCGUGAACGCGCACGAGGAGCUGUAUGGUGGCCAGGAAUAUCAACCGAUAUAGAGCGUACCGUAAAGUCCUGCGAAUUCUGUCUUGUUCAUCAACCAAAACAGAACCGAGAACCGUUGAAGACUACAGUCCUUCCAGAUCGUCCGUGGCAAAAGAUAGCUGCAGAUCUGUGUGAGCUGCAGGGCAAACAUUUCCUAGUAGUUACAGAUUAUUUUUCUCGUUACCUGGAAAUUGCGUAUCUGGAUUCUUUGACUAGUGCUCACGUAAUUGGAAAACUCAAGAACAUAUUGGCUCGUUGGGGUAUUCCAGAGGAAUUGGUAACCGACAACGGCACCCAGUUUACAUCAGACUCUUUCAAGAAGUUCGCAGCUAAGUACGGAUUCGCGCAUACAACCACCAGUCCUCACUACCCGCAAGCAAACGGCGAGGCCGAGAGUGCUGUUAAGACUGCGAAGCGUAUACUACAGCAGGAUGACAUCUUUGUUGCGCUUAUGGCGUACCGUUCAACACCCAUCUCAACCACAGGAGUCAGUCCAGCCGAACUCAUUAUGGGACGUAGAAUUCGAACCGUUGUUCCAGUCAAACCGUCUUCACUAGCACCAAAGUGGCCGGACUUGGACCAAGUGAGGAGACAGGACGCACGAACGAAGGAAACUUCGAAAUAUCAUUAUGACAAUCGAUUUGGGGUUAGGAAACUCCACCCGCUUGGACCCGGAGACCAAGUUCGCAUCAAGACCGACAAAGAGAAACAGUGGACAGAUAGUGGCACAAUCACUAGCGCAAAUUACAAAAUUCGAUCAUACCUAGUGGAAACCGAUCAUGGAACAUUGAGGAGAAAUCGGAGGCACUUGCAGCAUACUGGAUACGUGAACACCGAAUUGCCACAUACCGUAAAUGUGCCGUAUCCGUUAGCCGACAGUAAACCAAGUGUUUUGUCUGACGUUGAGCCACCCUCUGAGCCGCCUAGCCAGGAAGUUGCAUCUCCUUCCGUGAAGUCCAAAACCGUAACUCGUUCAGGACGCGUCAUUCACAAACCCAUCAGAUUCAAAGACUACGAAUGA